UGUUGUUUGGUAUUACUCGUCGUACUUCCGUCGCGACACCACGCGUAACCGAACGGUCUAUUUUAUCGUUCGACGAGGUCGCAGUGACAAUUCGCAUUUUUCCAAACGACGCGGUCGUUCGCCAGACACUGAGAUGUCGUGGGCGACGGUGGUGUUUGUCGUGAUGGUAUCCUCCCUUGUCGGCGGAUACGUCGGCCAGACCGUCGCGGCGACGGAUUCCGGGAGGUUGCCGGACGACACGGAACCGCUUUCGUACAAGUUGACUAUGUACCCGAGCCUUUACAAAGAUUUCAACUCUUCCUUCACCGGCUCAGUGGACAUCGCGAUCGCCGUGAGGACCUCCACGUCCUCGAUCACGUUGAACUCCAAGGACUUGAUACUGCACGAGAUCAGUGUGACGGACGAAAACACCUACCGGAGCGUCGAAGUCAGGUGGUGGACUUACGACGCGGACCGGGAACAAGUGAAGAUUUCGUUGGACGGACACGUGUUGGCCAGUCGAGUGUACGUGAUGCGCAUACGGUUCGAAGGCGUUCUCAGGGACGACGGAACGGGGUUUUUCAGAAGCGCAUAUGACACGGUUUCGGACGGGAAAAAAUGGAUAGUCGCUACUCAUUUUCAAACCACCGGGGCCAGAAGUGCUUUUCCUUGUUAUGAUGAACCACAUUUUAGAACACCUUUCAAUAUAUCAAUAAAAAUCAAAGGGAAAGAAACGGCUUUAUCGAAUAUGCCAGUCUAUUAUAGCGCAGAAGAAGGCCAAUACGGAAGAAUAGUAUUGGUUCACUUUCAGGAGACGCCGCCUAUGCCCACAUGUUCGGUCGCAUUUUUUGCCGGUGAAUUCGAACAAUUCGACAAAACCCGUCGACAAGCAAUCAACGUCUACUCUCACUUGGGUCGUUUGUAUCAGAUCGAGUACAUUACGAAAGGAUCACCUGAACUUUUGAGGACCAUAGAAGAUUACACGGGCAUACCGUACGGUAUGCCCGAGUUGAACUUAGUAGCCACGCCGAUAUUAGGCUCGGGGCAAGUCGACACCUGGGGAUUGACUACUUACCAAGAGAAAACGCUUUUCGUCAACCAUCAAUCGAACUCCAAGUCAAUAAUGACGGCGAAGAUGGCAGUGGCGAACGCCGUGGCGAGCCAGUGGUUCGGUAAUUUGGUGUCACCGGCUGGUUGGGAAUUCGCGUGGAUUAACAAAGGACUUACUACUUAUUUGCAAUACUUUGUCACGGCGAAGGUGGAACCGGAAUGGCGACUUGAGCACUUUUUCAUCGCCGAAAACCAACGGCCCGCCAUGGAUUUGGACCAAAAUCUACUAAGACAGCCUUUGGCCGCACCAGCAAUCGGGCCAGGAGAUGUGGACUAUAACUCGGCCGACAGGUUUUCCAAACAGAAGGCUGCGGCGGUCGUGAGAAUGCUCAACGAUUGGGUGGGGGAAGAAGUGUUUAAAAAGGCCAUAAAUGCGUACUUGACGCACAAUCAAUAUAGUUUAACGACACCGGAACAACUGUGGAACGCGUUCGACAAUACGCUAUUCGAUCUGACAAAGUCCGGCUUGAACGGCAACAGCGUUCGCACUGUAAUGAAUACGUGGACGGAACGGGCCGGAUAUCCUGUGGUGAACGUCAAGAAAAAAGACAAAUCACUCGUUUUAACUCAGCAACGGUUUUUAUCCGGUUUUACCGACUCGAAUGAUACGACCAAGUGGUUCAUUCGUUUGAGUUACACGACGAAUAAGGAAAAGAAUUUCGACACUACGACCGCGCCAACCGUUUGGCUGGAUCCGUCGGUAAACGAAACGAUUAUUCCGAUCGACGAUGACGUCGAAUGGUACAUUUUCAAUAUACAAUCCACAGGUUACUACAGGGUAAACUACACGGAAGAAAAUUGGUUGUCGUUGAUCAAACAGCUUAACGAUUCACACAAAGACGUUCACGUUCUCAACAGAGCUCAGCUGAUUGACGAUUCGUUCAGUUUGGCGAAAGUGGGUUUACUGAAUUACACCAUACCGAUGAGCAUGGCAGAGUAUCUGAAAAAGGAAGACGACAUCAUACCAUGGUACUCGGCCAUGAAGAGUUUUGACUAUAUUGUAAACCGUAUGAAACGUUGCAGAAAUACGUACAUGGAUGUCACGAACUUUAUCGUUAAAUUGGUUUUCGAUGCGUUAGAAAUAUUGAACGAUCUCGUCGCUCAGGAAAGUCCUCAGCGCCCCACCAUUAUCGCCUGGAACGCGUUAUCGACGUGGAUGUGUAAGUUGCAAGAAUAUGCUUGUAGCUAUCGGCCCACGUCGCAAUAUCUUCAGAGAUGGCAAAACGGCGAAGAGAUAUCGGCUGACAUUAAAGACGUCGUGUUCUGUGUCGGACUUCGACCAUUCUACUACAACCCGGAAACCUUGCACAAACUUUUAACUCUAUACAACACCACUAAAUCGUAUUCGGAAAGAGAAUCGGUGAUAAAGGCGUUGCCCUGUGCCGACGUACAGACACUUUUUACGUAUUUGACUUUAAUAUUGGAAAACAAAUGUCCAAUUGAACCAAGUGAUUAUGAGGAUUUCUUUUAUGCUCUGUCUUCGACGUCCAACGGAGUAACAGCUAUGAAUGAUUUUCUUAGCAAACAUUUUACAGACGUCGUCAACAACGUAAAAGAUGGCAGAAAUAUAGCUAACACCAUGUUUUCAAUAUUAGCUUCAAAAGUUUCCACGGAUAGUGAAAUCGAAAAUAUGAUGGAAAUGGCGUUCAAAAGCGAUACGCCCGUUGAAUUUAGAAAUAAACUCGUUCCAGUGUAUCAGAACGAAGUCAAGGACUACGAAAAAUGGUACCACAAUGGUAGUCCAAGAACGAUAUGGGAACAUAUAAAUCCUUCGGCGAAAGGAUUGCCUCUGGAUCCAUCGGAUGUGGAUACGUCUACGCCGAGCCCGACGAAAGAUGAUUCUAGCGCUUCAUCGAGAUUACAUAACUAUGCAGUUAUUUUGCAGAUUUUAGCACUGUCUAUUUCAGUUAAAUUCCUAGUUCACGUAAUCUAAUUAAAUCUUAAUGAAAUGUAUAAUAUAAUUUAAAGAUCUUUUUUAAAGAAAAAGAUAUUAUCUAUAAUUGCAAAUUAAAUCAAACUUUUGAAUCGAAGUUUAAAUGUUAUAUUAAUUGGUGACGUAACUCAUUGUUUUUUUUUAAAUUAUUUAAUUGUGUAUGCAAACAUGUUUUAAAAACUUUAUACAACAGUAAAAUUAUAGAUGUUACUUUGGAAAAGUAAUUUUGAUUUAAAACAAGUUUCUUCGAAGUAAAGAGAAGGAAUAUCGAAGGAACAAUUCUGACAAAACGUAGGAAUGAAUUUCUGUAAAACAAAAAUUUUAAUGAACACUUAAUAUGUAAAAACUUAUUUGUUUAAAAUAACAAAACAUGUAAUCUUA